GUGGUGGCCACGACCCUGAUGCUGGAGAGGAGGCUUCCUCGCUGCCUCUGGCCUCGACUGGGCGUCUGUGGGCUGAACUACGGCCUGAAGGAACGCUGGUACCUCAGGGUGGAGGACAGGAACGACCCGAUGAUGCAGAAGAUGCGGCGCUACAUCAAGGCCUUCUCCAAGGAGGACGACAAGGACGGAGCCGAGAAGUCGGACGCCGCCAAGGACGGCCCGAAGCUGCGACCCAAAGCCGGGGGACCGAACAACCGCAGGGCGCUGGCGGGCUGGGAGAUGAUCCGACACAGCGCCCUGGGCCCGGAGCUGGAGCAGGAGGAGCCGGAGGAGGACCAGGACAUCAAAUACGUGUAGACGGAAGGUUCUGACGGAGGACUGGUUCUGUGACGGACGGUGCAAUUAUUCGUGCAGUAUUACGCCUUAGAGCAGAGUGUGUUAUUUUUAUAGCCGUGUAAAGAAGAUGUAGCAGAAACGUCUAUAUAUAUAUAAAUAGAUGAAAUAAAGGGAACGUAGACGUGGUCUGUAGCUGUAUGAACACUUUUAUAUGAGAAUAAAACGUCUUGAAACCUGCUGGACGUCGUCUGUGAAACAGAAGGAAUGUGGAGGUGGUUUCAUCUGAUCUACUUUAGCAGAAAAUACAAACACUUAAAAUGAAA